GAACGCACAUGGAAGUUCCAUUCACAAUUCACGAAGCCACGGAUAAAAAGGUGAUCAUUGGCCUUGGUUCGAGACAAGUGAGCUUUCUUAAGAUAAGUGUGUACGUCAUGGCAAUGUAUGCUCGACCAAAAGACGUCAUGAUACUGGAAAAGGCCAAGUUGUGGACAAAUGCAAGUUCUGCUAUGAGCGACGUUGAUCAGGCUCAAAAGAUGCUAUUGCACCCUAUAGAUAUUAGCAUAAGAAUAGGCCAACUGGUGCUGCUCAUUUGAGAGACGGUUUUACCAGAUCUCUCUUGCAGCUUAUGCGGGAACAAGCUAAGGACCUUAGUGAAGAUGACGAAAGACGUAUUUUGGAAGCCAUUCAAGAUUUCAAAGCAAAGUUCCCGAAAACGAAAGUGAACAAAGGAGAUGAAUUUAUCUUCACCCGUACUGCAAAAGGUGGUCUCCAAAUUGAAUUUCAGGCAAGUUGUUACAGACUUUCAUUGCAGUCACUAGCCGGCAGCUAACCGAAAGAAAUACAUAGGGCGAGGAUAUCGGCACUGUAGACAGCCAGUGGCUCGCGGAUAAUUUUGUCAUGGGCUAUGUGAAGCUUGAUAUUGUUAAGAACGUCCUGGAGGAAGCGCUUUCACACGAAUAGAUGAGAGAGCCGCAGAUUUUAUCGGAACUCCUAAUGUAGACUUCUGUGCAGCAAGGCAUAUUGUAUAGCGAAAUUUACAACCAUAUAAUUCGUGAAGCAGCGAUCAUGUCUAUAGCUUGAAUAUAAAAUGCUUCAAUGUGAAAGAAUUGUAAUUCUUCAACAGUAAUAGAAGUGUAGAGAAGGAUCAGGGGUGUACCAUCAUUGCUCGUCAAUAUGAUUUCAUAUUGGACCGGCCAAG